AAAAAACAUUACAUUAAUAUAGUUAAUAUAGUUUGUUAAACUAGUUAGCAUCUAGAAAUUGUUAAAAGUAAAGCUUAAAACGGGGUUUAUUGAAGAUCUGGCAACCCGCUCCGCUUCCAUUCUCUUAGUGACGUUCUUUAGCAUCAGCUGAAUAUUUGAGAGCGAAUAUAUAAACCGUGACAGAAAUAAAUCAGUGGAUUUUCGGUAAAUUACACGAAUAAACCAUUAAUUCGUGUACGAUAUGCACUAAUUGAAUGAAAAAUUAAAUAACAUGCUGCCAACGAGGCAGAAUUUCCCUAACAGGCUAAGCUAAGCUAAUAUAGGCACCCAUAAGGAGGAAGCAGUGUUGCCAGUCCCCGGCGUUGAGCUCCGCGGUGAGACGCUAGAGUCAGUUCUGCUCCGAGAAUCUGGAUGGGGAAGAAGGUGGAGGACAAAAAAUGGCUAAAAUUCAUAUUCAGGAAAACGGAUUGAAAAGUUUCAGGGGCACGACGGAGAGUCUGUCGUCGCCACACAAAUGCGACUCCUCGGGCUCCGGGUCCGAGCUGAACGGCUUCACCGAGACCCAGGCGGACCGCUACGGUUUCAUCGGCGGAUCUCAGCGGAAUGCCGAGGACCCAGCCGAGGACGUCCCUCCCGAGGUGUUGAGACAGAGAGAGUCGAAGUGGCUGGAGAUGCUCCAAAGCUGGGAUAAGUGGAUGAGCAAGAGACACAAGAAGGUAAAGCUGCGGUGUCAGAAGGGUAUUCCUCCAUCUUUAAGAGGUCGUGCCUGGCUCUAUCUGUCUGGAGGAAAGGUGAAGAGGGAGCAGAAUCUACACAGGUUCCAGGAAUUGGACAGUAAAGAUGGUGACCCAAAAUGGGUGGAUGUGAUCAAGAAGGAUCUCCAUCGACAGUUUCCCUUUCAUGAGAUGUUUGCUGCACGAGGAGGCCAUGGGCAGCAAGAUCUGUUCCGAGUGUUGAAGGCAUACACACUUUACAGGCCAGAGGAAGGAUACUGCCAGGCUCAGGCUCCCAUCGCUGCUGUGCUGCUCAUGCAUAUGCCUGCCGAGGAUGCAUUUUGGAGUUUGGUGCAAAUCUGUGAGAAAUAUCUGCCUGGCUACUACAGUGCAGGCCUGGAGGCGAUCCAGCUGGACGGAGAGAUCCUGUUCUCUUUACUCAAACGCGUCUCCCCGGUGGCUCACCGGCACCUGAAGAAGCACAAGAUUGAUCCGGUGCUCUACAUGACCGAGUGGUUCAUGUGCGCUUUUUCCCGCACGCUGCCCUGGUCCUCAGUGCUGCGUGUCUGGGACAUGUUCUUCUGCGAGGGAGUAAAAGUCAUUUUUCGUGUGGGCCUGGUGCUUCUGAAAUGCAUGCUGGGAUCUCAAGAGAAGCUGAAGCCAUGUCAGGGUCAGUACGAGACAAUGGAGAGACUCCGGGCCAUAGAUCAGCGCUAUAUGCAGGAGGGCUUCCUUAUUAAAGAGAUUCUGGAAUUACCGGUGUCCGAGCGAGACAUAGAGAAGGAGCAUCUCGCUCAACUGCGCCGCUGGAAGGAAACACACGGAGAACUACACUGCAAAUCUCCUCCCAGAAUGCACGGCGCACGAGCCAUCAUGGCCGCCGAGCCUCCCAGCCAACAGGACCUUCAGCAGAAACCCACCAUCAUGGAGGAGCCGGUGCAGAUCAUCACAGUUUCUGAGGACGGCGAGAAAAAGAAAAGCAAGAUGGAUAAACGGAAGAGCAAGAAAGACUCUGCAUUGGACACAGGCGGUCAGAACGAGGCACCACAGGACCAAGACUUACCCAGCCAAUCACAAGCACAGCUAAAGGACACCAGUCUUCAGGCGUCCAAUCAGAGUUUGAGCAGUACAGAACAAGACACGUACCUGUAGCGUGCCACACGGCGCCUGUGCCAACAUCUGAAUGUUUACUGCAUCUGAAGACUUUCGGCUCAUUCGGCCGUCUCUCAGGUUUCUGCAUCCGGUGUGAAUGGAUUUCCCAGAAUGCAAUGGGAGCAAACAUCCUUGUGCUUCAUGAAGAAAAUUCUGGGAGUUUUUUAAGGCUCAAGAAUGUCCAAAAGCUACGUACCAUAUUCGGCACAAUGUUUAAGAGAGAUUUUAUUUAGUGGUAUGUGGUUGCAGCAGUGAGAUGGUACACUACCUGUACAGCUCGGAUGCUAGUGAACAUUUCUAUUGUUAUGCUAGUUACAGACGGCACUUACUAAGUGAUCAGACACGCGCAAAAACGAAACGGAAUAACUCUCAGAUAUAGCGACACUAACGAUAAAGAACUACACCAGCAGAACACACCAAAACCUCAUUUUACAGGCAGAUAUUCUGUAUUUAAUGCCAGCUACAACACAAUGACGGUUCGGUUUGUAAUGAUCUGUUUCUAGACCUAAAAUAAUGUUUUGUUUUAUAAAGAGCACAAAGGGAAAUUGUAA